CCGGUAGUGGAAUGAGUUGAGCAGUCUCCCCAACCGUCCGAUCUCCCACAUCAAUGGGACCCACCUCCUCUGCAUAAAAUAGCUCACACCAUUGUUAUUGCCAGCUUGCCCCAUCUCCUCUUAUUUACUCAACUCUCUCACUUUCUCCUUAUGGUAACAUAAAAUUCACCCCUCUUUCUCAACUGGUUUGGGGAUUAUUAGUGAAGACUUUCCUCAUCAAAGAUGGAGUCUUGAUUUUGAUGGUGGAAGGGCUUGAUUAUAUGCAUAUUUUUGGAUUUUGUUUUGUUUUGUCUGGUGGGGAAGAGAGGCCAAAAGCAACAUAUUUAGGUCUGUUUCUUUUCUGUCUCAAGGUAGUAAGACCAUUUAUCUUCUCUUUAAUUGUUAUGUUUAAGAGGCAUGGUUGUCAAUCUUGGUGGGUGCCCAUUGCUAGUAAAUAGUAACUGUAAAAAGGUGGAGUCUUUAUUGCUAUAAUAAAGGAUGGUGAUUGAUUGGGAUUGCAGGCAGUUCAACAGUGAAAUUCUGUUUUUUUCCACUCAUCUGAGUAAAGGGGCUAAAAAAAGAAUGUUACCUACCACUUUCUUCUUUUUUCUCUAGCAAGUUCUAUUCAUUUUUCAUCCAUUGUUGGAGAGUUUUCUGCUUGGGUUGGUUUUUGUGGUAGGAAAUUUUGAACAAUGAUUAAUUAGGUUUCUUAUUCAUAGCAGUAUGUUUGAAUGAAUCUAUUUGUCUUUGCUUGUGUUAUGUUCUAUUUGCAAAGAGUAGGUUUCUUAUUUGUAGUUGUUUGAUUCAAUUUCUUUGUCUUUGGUUGUGUUUUGUCUUGUUAAUUUGAGGGCUGAGAACAUGGGCUAUUGGUGAUGUUGAAUGCUUCAUCUGAUGCUUGUUAGUUAUCACGGAGCGUAUUAAAUUUUCGUUAGCGGUUCCCUUAUCCUUGAAACAGGGAAUUGUAGGUUUUCCAUGGGAUGAUUACUUACUUUGUGAUGUCUUCAUGGUAAUUGUGAUAACUGAUAAAGUGUUGUUAUGGAUAUCUUAUUAGUUGUUAUUCGAUCCUUCUGAAGUAGUUUCGCUUAUUAUGUUGCUUGUUACACGCAGUUUCUUCAUCUAUAGUUUUAUGAUACAUUGUUCUUGCUUGGUUGAUUGAGAAACUCCACCUAUUGAGCCACUGUUUGGAGAUGGAUUGGAAUACUAAGUGGGAUUGGGAAAGCUAUGACGCGUUGGGUUCAAAAAAGCUACAACUAGUGGAUUGGACUGUUAUUGAUGAUCGGGAAAUUGAUGCUGAAUCCUUCAAUCUAAUAGCCGGGUGUGGGAACAGUGGAGCCUCUGGCUCGGAUGGCGGCCGUGUUUCUUCAGCAAAGAGCUCAAUAUCAGUUUCUGAUUCCUCAGCAAAGAACCUCAUGGCUAAUGAAGAUUUUUCCGGAAAUUUUAAAAUUACGGAAUCAGAAGGAACUCCGGAAGCUUCCAUUGGCUCGGUAGAGCCACUGAUCGGCCUCAAGCUUGGAAAGAGAACAUACUUUGAGAACAGUGGGGCUGGAAGCCAUGUCAAGAGUGCAUCGCGCGCUUCAUUGAAGAAAACUAAAUUAGCAGGUGGAAAUCUCCCAGCGCCUCGCUGUGUGGUCGAGGGCUGCAAUGUUGACCUUUCAACGGCUAAAGAUUAUCACCGGAAGCAUAGAGUUUGCAACAUCCAUUCCAAAGCCCCAAAGGUCAUCAUUGAUGGCCUUGAACGCCGGUUUUGCCAGCAGUGUAGCAGGUUCCAUAGCCCGUCUGAAUUUGAUGAAAAGAAGCGCAGUUGUAGAAGACGACUUUCUGAUCAUAAUGCGCGACGCAGGAAGCCACAGCAGGACGUCAUCCAGUAUGCUACAAGGCUCCCGUCACCAUUCUAUGGAGGAAGGCAGCAAAUGAGUUUUCUGUUGAGCAACGGUCCACCAGUGCACGCUAAGUUCACGCUGACAAAAGAGUAUCAUCCUUCGAAGUCUAGUGGAGACAGGGCUAGCAGCGAGAAAAUGCAUAUUCCGGGAGCUAAACAUCCACAGUUCGUUAACAGUGCAGCCAAAGGAUUUCUGGCAUCAAAGAUCUCUGUGGCUGAUGUUUCAAAUCCAGGUUCGAAGGGAUCCCCGUAUUCUUCCCACUUAGAUGCAGCGCCCGAGUAUCCUCGUGCUCUCUCUCUUCUGUCAAACAAUUCGUGGGGGGCGGAAUCCGUGGCUUUUAAUCCGAUUCAAGAAAAUGAAGCCCGUGCAACUCAGCCUACAAUGUAUGGAAUCCCCGAAGGCACGCCCCUAUCCUCUUCGGAGUUCUGGCUGCAUCCGCCCUCCGCUCAUCAGCCGUGGCCGGCCGACGCUAACUUCCAGCUGUUUGUAACACCAUGCGAGGAGACAGGCUUGUAUUCCAACAUAAUGAACUGACUACCAUUCAACAACAAUGUUCUAACUUGCUCUUUUGCUUUGUUGCUUUUUGAACUUUUGUUGCACAAGAAUCCAUGUUAUGAAUUUUUUAGAUUUGUUGAUAAAAGUUGUGUGAA